CCCGCCGCCGGCAAAAGGUCUCUCCAAACGCCGCCUCCCCGUCGAUUUGACUCCGGCUCCUAGAUUCUCUAGCCACUGGGUUUCUCUAUUUAUCAGUGCUGUCAAAGCCGAGUCGAGCCGGCCGGCCGAGCCGCCAAAACCGCCACCCGGCCAUAAAACCGGCUCGACUCAACUAUUUAGCCGGAGUGGUUAUUUGGGGCGGCCGGAGAGCGGCCGAAGCGGUUAACCGCUUGAACCGCUCGAGCCGCUCGCCCGUUUUUUUACCUUUGGGCCGGUUGCUUUAAUUAAAAAAAAAACUAAAAUAUCGAAAAUGAAAGGGGAGGCUACUGUGCUGAAACCCUAAUUUCAUUCUUCCUCUUCGCGUAGACAGCCAGACACGAAGGAGAAGCAGCUUCCUCCUCCGCAGCCGCCGUUCCCCGUAGCCCGACGCCGUCGUCGUUCACCAUCACUCGACGCCGUCGCCGUUCGCCAUCGCUCGACGUCGUCGCCGUUCGCCAUCGCUCGACGCCACUCCCCCGUCGCCCGUCUCCAUAGUCGUCGUCGUCUUCGGCGGCUCGUUCCCCGCUCCUGCCGGCGAGCGCAACGGCCGGCCGGUGAGGUCUCCCUUCUCCCUUCUCCGGUCACGGCUGCCUCUCCCCUGCAUCGACCCCUGCUGUCCAUAGACACUCUGCUUCCAGGUUUCUAAUAACCCCUGUUCUCCUUUUUCUUUCUACUUUCUAUUUGUCUUCCUCAUGUCUCUGUGUAUAUGAUAUCCAUAGAAUAGCGCUGUAGAUUUCCUCCUCUUGAUUCUAAUUUGGUCUGAAAGGUGCGACUUUCUUGUUAAUUUGGCCGGUGUUAUUAUUGUGUAUACUUGCUUUGUCUUUCGUGAGCUUUCCUUAUUACCUGUCUGCAUCACAUAGUCAUCAUGUCUUUUCCAUCUGUAGUAUACAUCUAGCUAACAAAGAAUGAGUUAAGAAAACUAGAAACUGGUUCUGUUGUUGGUUGUCAAAUUUCAUGAACAAAUUGUAAACUGAUAAGAACCACGAAAAAGAAAGAGUAACUUUCAGAUUGGGUAUUUGGGAAACUAAAGUUUCGAGAGUCUCUCAGGUACGUGCAAUGGACAAGAACAAAUUUCAAGUGAUGGGUAGCUCUCUACAUCAUUUCUGCUUUGCUUGUGUAAAUUACAUUUGUUCCAGGGGACAUGUCCCUUUUUGUGUAGGAGUAGGAUUAUUGUCUCUCUGUUGGACUAACGGCAGAGUAAGAGUGAUAAAUAUAUUGAAGUUAAUUGUCUAUGGAGAAGAGUUGGGUGGGAACUGAUACCAUGAUUAAGAAGUGUCUACUAUUUAUACAAAUGACUAUUUAUUAGGUACCGGUUCUCAAACGGGUUUUAAACGGUCUAAUGCCGGCUGGACCACUAAAGACCGAGCCGUUCAUGUUACUGGGUCAUACUCCGGUUCGGUUUGACAACAUUGCUAUUUAAUAUUUAUCAAUCAGCGACUCCGGGCUCCGAUAAUUGCUUCCUUUCCAACUCUUCGUCUUCUAGAUUGUCUUUAGCUUUUCCCUCGUCGUUGGCGUCUUCUCCUCCGUAGCGCCGGCUGAUUCUCCUUCGCCUUCCUCAUUUUCAGCUGGGUUUUUCCGGGUAACCUUCGUAGCUUUGUACAGGAUUUUUCUUUCUAGAAUGAGUCCUACUCUGCUCGCAAAGAAUGUGGCUUUGGUCAUAAAGUACCAAAAGGAUCCUCUGAAAGCUCUUGAAACUUUCAAUUCUGUGAAGAUAGAAGAUGGGUUUAAGCACACAUUGUCUACCUAUAGGUGCAUGAUUGAGAAGCUAGGUAUCCAUGGUGAAUUCCAGGCAAUGGAGCAAGUGCUCAUGGAGACUAGGAUGAAUGUCGAUAAUAACUUGCUGGAAGGGGUGUAUGUAGGAGCCAUGAGGAACUAUGGGAAGAAAGGGAGAGUUCAGGAAGCAGUUGAUGUGUUUGAGAGGAUGGAUUUCUACAACUGUGAGCCUUCGGUGUUAUCGUAUAACUCCAUCAUGAAUAUAUUGGUUGACUAUGGGCAUCACGAUCAAGUACAUAAAGUCUACUUGAGGAUGAGAGAUAAAGGAAUCUCUCCUGAUGUUUACACUUUUACGAUUAGGAUAAAGUCCUUCUGCAAGACGGGAAGGCCUCAUGCUGCUCUAAGGCUUCUGAACAACAUGUCUUCUCAAGGGUGUGAAGUCAAUGAUGUUGCUUAUUGUACUGUUGUUGGUGGGUUUUAUGAUGGGCACUAUCUACUUGAUGCAUAUGAAUUGUUCAACCAGAUGCUUGAAUUGGGUAUUUUUCCAGCUAUUGCUACUUUUAAUAAGCUUAUGCAUGUUCUUUGCAAGAAAGGGCAAGUCAUAGAAAGUGAAAAGCUGUUGAGCAAGGUGCUUAAGAAGGGUUUCUGUCCCAACUUGUAUACAGUUAACAUCUUCAUCCAAGGGCUCUGUAGAGAAGGUGCAGUAAAUAGGGCUGUCAGUAUGUUGGAGAGCAUGAACAAGGAAGGUCUAAUUCCCGAUGUUGUCACAUAUAACACUCUAAUUUGUGGUUUGUGUAAAGGAAAUAAAGUUGCACAAGCAGAGAGCUAUCUGCAUAAAAUGGUGAAUGCAGGGUUAGAGCCUGAUGCCUUCACCUACAACUCAAUAAUUCAUGGUUAUUGCAAGAUGGGGAUGAUGCCAAAUGCUGACAAAAUUCUUGGUGAUGCAAUCUUUAAAGGGUUUGUGCCUGAUGAGUUUACUUAUUGCGCCUUGAUCACCGGUUUAUGCCAGGAUAAUCUUGUGGAUCGUGCUGUAUCGGUUUUCAACGAGGCACAGGGGAAGGGCUUAAAGCCUAAGGUUAUUCUGUACAAUACACUAAUUAAAGGGUUGUCCAAGCAAGGACUUCUUCUCCAAGCCUUGGAGUUGAUGGGCGAGAUGUUGGGAAAAGGUUGCAUCCCAGAUACAUGGACUUACAAUCUGCUCAUAGAUGGAUUAUGUAAGAUGGGAUGUGUCUCUGAUGCCACUAACCUUCUGAAUGAUGCUAUUGCAAAUGGGUAUAUGCCAGAUAUUUUUACAUUCAACACAUUACUUGAUGGAUACUGCAAGCAGCUGAAAAUGGAGAAUGCUCUUGAGCUUCUGAAUAGCAUGUUGAGUCAUGGUGUCUUGCCAGAUGUGAUCACGUACAACACUCUUUUGAAUGGUCUAUGCAAGGUUGCAAAGUCUGAAGAUGUUAUGGAAACAUUCAAGAUGAUGUUGGAGAAAGGAUGUGUUCCUAAUCUGAUCACUUACAGUAUACUCGUAGAGAGCCUGUGCAAAGCUAGGAAAGUAAAUGAGGCUCUGGACUUUCUAGAAGAAAUAGGGAAGAAAGGUCUAGUUCUAGAUACUGUCAGUUUCAGCACUGUCAUUAAUGGAUUAUGCAAUAUAAAGGAUUUGGAUAGAGCAUACGAUCUCUUCAAAAGAAUGAAGCAAGAAUACAACAUUUUGUGGAGAACGUCGACAUUCAAUAUCAUGAUAAAUGGGUUUUCCGAAAAGUUGAAUAUCGAAAUGGCAGAAAAUCUUUUUCAUCAGAUGGGCAAUGAAGAAUGCUGCAGUCCAGAUGAUUACACAUACCGUGUCUUGAUUGAUGGUUUCUGCAAAGUGUGGAGGAUUGACUCUGCAUACAAGUUUCUUAUGGAAAUGAUUGACAAAGGUUUUGUUCCAUCAUUAACGACCUUUGGAAGAGUGAUCAACUGUCUGUGUGUCCAAGAUAAAGUCCCCGAGUCAGUUAGGAUAGUCCAUAUGAUGGUGAGAAAUGGCAUUGUCCCGGAGGUUGUGGAUACAAUUUUUGAGGCUGAUAAAAGGGCAGUUGCAGCACCCAAGAUUGUCGUUGAAGAUUUGUUGAAGAAAGGUUGUAUAACUUACUAUGCCUAUGAACUUCUGUAUGAUGGUGUCAGGGACAAACGGUUACAAAAGAAGAAACAUUCCAGUCACCCUGUACAUCGGCCUGGAAAGGUCUCUCAUCAUGUUGAUAAUGUAUGAAGUUAGAGAGUUGCCGGAAUGUAAAUUACAAAGACCUAGUAAGUUGUUCAUUCCUGUUCAAAGAGGCUGAAUAGGAAGUACUAUACUUCUGCCAUGCUCAUUCUUUAUCCAAAUUCUUACUGUUUCUUGAGGGAAUUUUGGCAUAAUUUUGAAAUAUCAUUCUUGCUUUGUUUGUUGUUACAGAAGAAAUGGGGGACCAAUGAUGUCAGAAAAUGUAAGUUUCUGUUAUCUGAUUAUCCUUGUUGCCUAUGUUUAAUUUAGCUUGUUGCCUACUGAUCCAGAUCCUUACAUUCUCAUUAUCCACAUUUGCUGCAUCUCUGAUUAAUAAGCAUGCCGAAUCAGAUGUACAGUUAUACUCUGACAGGCAGGUUGACACAAAGAGCAAACUAAGUGGCAGACAAGUUUUACGGCUAGCACCAUGAAGUGGAGUUUCCUCAUGUUGAAGUAACAAUGACGAACUCAAAUCAGCAGGAACUGGCCAUGCCCCCCUUCCAGAAGGAGGACACAUUGGUAUUUGGUACAUUCCAAUAAUUAAAGUCUUUCAACUUAUAUUUUAGGCAUGUCUCUGUUCAGGGCUCUUUAGUGCCUGCCUGCCUCUUUCAUAGAUCUUAUUAAUUUCUGCAACUUUUUUCUCUCAUCUCAGGACCUUGGAUUGUUGAGAUACCAGGCCAUCUUAAGCUGCCUGUUGGUGACUGUAACGAAUGAUGCUUGAGCACAAGUCUUUGGUAGUUAAUUCCCUUCCUUCUUCAAAAGUACAUUCAUAACGAGUGUGACAUGCUGAGGGAGAUAAAAACAAAAUCCGCAUAAUAUAUAUAUGUUUGCAUAUUAUGUGCUGAUUAAACCGUAGGUUGUUAAGUGUAAGCUGCCUGUUGGUGACUGUAAUGGUGUGAUGCUUGAGCACAAGUAUUUGAUAGUAAAAUAAAUUUAUGUUG